CGGUUUCAUUUCUGUGGUCAGGCCAUUAGUUUCAUUUCUCUGGCUGUCGGCAAAGGGAAAAUAGCGUGGGGAGGAGGGGUUCACACACCAGAUAAAAGGGAAUCAGAGCAAGGGAGAGAUAUGAGUUGCCUGGUCUCUGAUCUGGAGGCGCACAGAGCUUUCCAAGAAGAUUGGAGGAGCUGAACCACGGGGACACCAGCUCUGAGUGGGAGACGGCUGAUGCGUAAGGCGCCCAGGUUUUCGCCGCGCCAGAAACACAAUUCGUUGUCUUCCCAACACCAUCCAAAAAAAGAAAUGGAUUCCUUCCAGCAACAGCCACCGACCCCUGGUAGAGCAACAGGACAAAUGCUGAUUCCCCCAGAGCAGCAGGUGGGAGAGAAGGACUCAGCGUACCUCACCAAGGACUUCAACUUGCUGACGUUGAACCCUGAGCUGCCACGAGGAAACAGGGGCCAACAGAGGACAAAGGAGCCCGAGAACAACCUGUACAACCAGUACGAGGAGAAGGUGCGCCCGUGCAUCGAUCUCAUCGACUCCCUUCGGGCCCUGGGCGUGGAGCAGGACCUGGCUCUGCCCGCCAUCGCUGUCAUCGGGGACCAGAGCUCGGGCAAGAGCUCUGUGCUGGAGGCUCUGUCGGGAGUCGCCCUUCCCAGAGGCAGUGGAAUUGUAACCAGGUGUCCCCUGGUGCUGAAAUUGAAAAAGCAGAUGCACGAGUGCGUGUGGAGGGGGAGGAUCAGUUACCGGAACGUGCAACUCCAGCUGCAGGACCCCUCCCAGGUGGAGAAGGAGAUCUACAAAGCCCAGAACAUCGUGGCUGGGAGUGGAGUUGGCAUCAGCCACGAGCUCAUUAGUCUGGAGAUCACUUCCCCUGAGGUUCCGGAUCUGACCCUCAUUGACCUUCCCGGCAUUGCCAGGGUGGCCGUGGGAAAUCAGCCCCAGGACAUCGGACUACAGAUCAAGGCACUCAUCAAGAAGUACAUCCAGAGGCAACAGACGAUCAACUUGGUGGUGGUCCCCUGUAACGUGGACAUCGCCACCACGGAGGCGCUGAGCAUGGCUCAGGAGGUGGACCCUGAUGGAGACAGGACCAUAGGAAUCCUGACCAAACCAGAUCUAGUGGACAAGGGCACUGAAAAAAUCAUCGUGAAUGUGGUGCAGAACCUCACCUACCGCCUCAAGAAGGGCUACAUGGUCGUCAAGUGCCGGGGCCAGCAGGAGAUCACAAACAAGCUGAGCUUGGCUGAGGCAACCAAGAAAGAAAUGAUGUUCUUUCAGACACACCCGUAUUUCAGUGCUCUCCUGGAGGAAGGAAAGGCCACGGUGCCCCGUCUGGCAGAAAGACUUACCACUGAGCUCAUCUUGCACAUCAAUAAAUCACUCCCGUUGUUGGAAAAUCAAAUAAGAGAGAGCCACCAGAGGGCGACAGAGGAGCUGCGCCAGUGUGGAGAGAACAUCCCCAGCAAUGAAGCUGAUAAAAUGUUCUUUCUGAUUGAGAAAAUCAAAAUGUUCAAUCAGGACAUUGAAAAGCUAAAAGAAGGAGAAGAAUUUGUAAAGGAGAAAGAGACCCGCUUAUAUAACAAAAUCAGAGAGGAGUUUAAAAAGUGGGUUCUUGUACUUUCAGCCAAUACCCAAAAAGUUAAAAAUAUUAUUCAUGAAGAAGUCUCAAAAUAUGAAAAGCAGUAUCGCGGCAAAGAACUUCUUGGAUUUGUCAACUACAAGACGUUUCAAAUCAUCGUGCAGCAGUACAUUGAACAACUGGUAGACCCCGCACUCGGCAUGCUCCAGAAUACUGUUGAAAUUGUCUGGAAAACUUUCAUUGACACAGCCAGAAAACAUUUUAGCGAAUAUUCCAACCUUCAUCAGAGAGCCCAGCACGUGAUUGAGGAGAUAAAAAUGAAACAAGCGGAAACAGCAGAAAAUCUGAUCCGACUUCAGUUCAGGAUGGAGCAGCUGGUUUUCUGUCAAGACCAGAUUUACAGCGCGGUUCUCAGCAAAGUCCGAGAAGAGAUUUUUAACCCGUUGGGAAAGCUUUCACAGAAUCUAAAUUUGAAAUCGUCUGUUUCAAAUGAUACCUCUUCGAUUUCCUCCAUCACUGAAAUUGGGGUCCACCUGAAUGCGUAUUUCUUGGAAACCAGCAAACGUCUCGCCAACCAGAUCCCAUUCAUAAUUCAGUAUUUUAUGCUCCAAGAGAACGGCGAUUGGUUGCAGAAAGCCAUGAUGCAGAUACUGAACGAAAAAGAGCACUAUAGCUGGCUGCUCCAAGAACAGGCUGAGACCUCCACCAAGAGGAAUUUCUUGAAGGAGAAAAUUUACCGGCUCACUCAGGCGCGGCAUGCCCUCUGUAAAUUCUCCAUUUAAAAGCGGGUAGAUUCGUGGAAAUGCAGCAGCGCUUUUGGGUUUUUUCUUGUGUGCAUUUAUUAUAACAGGAGGCGGCACAAGAAGUGGCUUCUCCUUUGGGGCCAGACUUUGCUGUUGCUGUGUGGGGCCAUCUUCACUGCACUGCACUCAGCACCAGAGUUCACAUCUGAAGGCCACAUUCAGGACUGAAGUCCACUGCUCAGAGCUGUCACCUCCACUGGGAGGUCUUCCACAACCUCCACGAAGAGGUGGCUCUCCCACUCCUUGCGUCCCCCAGUUACAGCAUUAUUUUUUUUCUUAAUUUGUUUUUUUUUUUUUUUUGGCUGAGAAAGAUUGGCCCUGAGCUAACAUCUCUUGCCAAUCUUCCUCUUUUUUUGCUUGAGGAAGAUUAUCCCUGAGCUAACAUCUGUGCCAAUCUUCCUCUGCUUUAUAUGUGGGUCGCUGCCACAGCAUGAGUGACGAGUGGUGUGAGUCCGCACCCGGGAUCCAAACCCGCAAACCCAUGCCGCCAAAGUGGAGCACGCCAAACUUAACCACUACACCACCAAGCCAGCCAACAGCAUUCUUAAAUACUGCCAUCCUUCUGUGUUAAUUUGUCUACCUCCCCACACCGCCCAUUAGACUAUGAAACCCUGGAGGGGUAAGGUCAGCACCCCUUCUUUUGUAUUUCCAGAUCUUUCAUGGUACCUGUGCAUAGUAGCUGCUUAAUAAAUGAUAUCUCACUGAACAAAUGAAUGAUGGAGAUUACCUGAGGCUAUGGCUUAAAUCCAGACUUUGGUUGUUUGGGGUGGUGCCCUUUAGCUGGUCACUUUCACAUGAAUUCCGUCAUGCCACCUGCUUCUCAUUGUUUGCUAUGAUCAUAUUCCCCAACCCCCCAGGGGAAAUGAGCCUCAGUGAUAUGAAUUUUAAUUUGUUUCCCUGGUUGCCGUGAGCUCCCAUUGCUAUGUUGAGUCUUGAACAGAAAUUCAAUAAGGAAAAACAUUUUUAAAAAAAUAUAGAGCUUCACACCAGUGGUCAACUCUAGACUAGAGGAUUAUGGCUAAUUUUAUUUUCUUUUUCAUGCUAAGCUAUAUGGACCUCACAGGAAUUUGAGGAGGGUUAAGUGAAACCAUUUCUACGAACUACCUGUCCCAAAACAGGUGUUCAAAAAUGCCAGCAAUUCUUCUCUCCAUCAAAGAUCUCUUUUUUUCUUUACCCUCCAGGUCCAUAGAGCAGCCCUCACUUCUGAAGUUCUUCCAGACAGCUCUUACAUUUAGUUCUUUAAUAAUUUUUGAGUCAAUUUUUUAUAUGGUGGUAGAUAACAGUCCAACUUCAUUCUUUUACAUGUGGCUAUCCAGUUUUUCCAACACCAUUAUUGAAAAGACUGUCCCUUCCCCAUUGGUCUUGGCACUCUUGUCAAAAAUUAUUUGACCAUAUAUGUAAGAGUUUAUUUCUGGGCUCUCUGUUCUAUGCCAUUGGUGUAUAUGUCUGUCUUUAUGCCAGUACCACACUGUUUUGAUAGCUGUUGCUUUGUGGUGAGUUUUGAAAUCAGGAAGUGUGAGUCCUCCAGCUUUGUUCUUCUUUUUCAGGAUUGUUUUGGUUAUUUGGUGCCCUUGAGAUUCCAUGUGAAUUUUAGGGUGGGUUUUUUUUUUUUAUCUCUGUAAAAACUGUCAUUGGGAUUUUGGUAGGGAUUGCAUUGAAUCUGUAGAUCACUUUGGGUAGUAUUUGCAUUUAAGCAAUAUUAAGUCUUCCAAUCCAUGAACAUAGGGUGUCUUUCCAUUUAUUUAUGUCGUCUUUAAUUUCUUUAAGCAAUGUUUUGUAGUUUUCAGUGUAAAAGUCUUUCACUUUCUUGGUUAAGUUAAUUCCUAAGUAUUUUAUUCUUUUAGAUGCUGUUGUAAAUGGAACUGUUUUCUUAGUUUCCUUUUCAGAUUGUUCAUUGUUAGUUUACAGAAAUGCAACUGAUUUUUAUGUGUUGUUUUUAUAUCUUGCUACUUUCUUGAAUUCCUUCAUUAGUCCUAACAUUUUUGUGUGUGUGGAAGCUUUAUGGUUUUCUAGAUAUAAGGUUAUGUCGUCUGUGGACAGAGAUAAUUGUACUUCUUCCUUUCUGAUUUGGAUGCCUUUUAUUUCUUUUUCUUGCCUAAUUGCUCAGGCUAGAACUUCUCAUACUAUGUUGAAUAGAAGUGGCAAAAGUGGGCAUCCUUGUCUUGUAAAGUUUCCCUGGCUUUAAAGAACCUCUGCAAUAUUGAAGCUAAAGAUUAUGAGAAGAACUCCUAUAGUUUAGGAGUCUUUUUUUUUUCUAAUUUGGCUCUUCCUCCUCAUUUUAUGAGUCGGGCCACAUAUACAAAUAGUCAGUAGCAGAGCUGAAGAGAAGAUUCGCUUGAAGACAAGAUCCACUGCCCUUGUUCCCUUGUUCUUUCUUUAUUUAACCUUCAAAUUAUAAGUGCUGUUGUAUAAAUAAAGUCCAAGAAAAAUAAAGUCUUA